AUGGCGACUGUCCCGCCUGCAAAGCGCAGCAGAGAGUCUGAUGAUGAGGAUAUCGAUGCUAACGACCAGCUCGUUGAUCCAGCGCUCGUCUCCGCCGACGCCCAGAAACGCAAGCGUGGACGACCAGCAAGCACUGGCAAGAAACCAGACGGUGCAGAUGCGCCCGCUCCUGCUACCGACAGUGUUCCAGUAGACCCCGCUGCUCCCGUCUCCGGAGACGCCCCAGCCCCGCCAAUCAAGACUCCCGAAGAGCUAGCCGCAGAAGAGGCAAAGAAGAAUCGUCCACCCGCAAAGCGUGGUCGUCCGCGCAAAAAGCCAAAGACAGACGAAGAGGCUCCAGUCAUUGCUCCGACGCUCGAAGCUCAGCCUGCCCCGGUCGCUUGA